AUAUGAAACACUUUGCUGUCAAUGAGAGGUAGCUAGGCUCUCCAAAAUGGCUCUUCUUAAAUUCGUCUCCUUCAUUGUUCUAACUUCUGUGCUGUUCAUGUCCAUGUAUCCAUCCUCUUCUUCUGCAGAACAUCACGGCAUCAAGGUCCCAUCUCCGAUCAAAUCCCAGAAAGCUAAAUCAUCUCCGAUCAAAAUCCCGAAAGUCACUCUGUCUUUGUAUUAUGAAACACUCUGUCCAUAUUGCCAGGCGUUCAUAAAAAAUGACCUGCUGAAACUAUUUGUGGAGGAUCUCAUCGACAUUGUCAACCUCCGGCUUGUUCCAUGGGGAAAUGCUCGUGUCCUAGAACCCAACAAGACAAUCAUUUGCCAGCAUGGCCCAGAUGAAUGCUACCUGAACAGUAUAGAAGCCUGCGCCAUUAACAUCUGGCCUGAUGUGAAGCAACAUUACAAGUUCAUUGAGUGUGUUGAGCGUCAAGCCUCUGAGCAGAAGCAAUUCGGAGAAAACGCAUGGAAUUCUUGUUGUCAAAAACUGGGGUUGAGUCCAAAACCUGUUUCAGAAUGCUACAAUAGCGGCCAUGGGAGAGAGCUUACACUACGUUACGCUGAUGAAACAUAUCAUCUUAAUCCGCCUCAUACAUACGUACCAUGGGUGCUGGUUAAUAAUAUACCACUUUACGACGACUUCAAAAACUUUGUUUCCUAUUUGUGCAAGGCUUACAAGGGCCACCUCAAAUUACAGGCUUGCAAAUCGCUUCCAAACAAGAUCAACUUAGCUGGGAAGGCAAAUUCAAUCCAGCCAGUCUGUAAUGCAACUGAAGCAAAGAAAAUGCCCGAACACCGCCAGCUUCGUGGCCACACCAUUACAAACGCAGAACUUCAGGCCUAAUUCAGAUAUGUCCUUCAUGGAUGGUCUGCUAAUAUGAUAAUAAUAGGUCACCAGCUGAUUUAUGGUGCUUAGAUGGAUGACAGCUUCUAGGAACUACGUAGUUUGAAUAUCACAGUUUAUAGAUCAUACUUCAUAGAUGAUGUAUUUCUGGUUUAAGUAUGAAUGGGAACUAAUAUAUUGUGGAUUAUGUAUAA